GAGCGCAGGUAGCAAAGGAGGAGGAAGCGGCUGUCGGCAAACACUUGGCGGAGAAACGGACCGCCGCAGCCGAGCUCCGAUGGGCGAACUCGAGGCGAAGGAUAAGCACGGGCCCGGCACUCACACCCCUCUGGGGAGGGCCCGGACCUCGGCUCCCCAUCCUGGCGGCGCCGGGGGAAGGCGCCGAGCUGCGCGCGCCUUCGGCAAACUAGCCCGGCGGCUCCUGCAAACUUUGCGGGGGGCGCGGCGGCGGCGGGAGCAGCGGCAGCGGCGGGAAAGCGCUGAGGCGGAAGACGAUGAAGGCGGCUUUAAGCGGCCGCCCGGCUCCGAUCGCGGCCAAGCAGGUGGCGGCAGCGGCGGCGGCGUCCGGCUAGGCUCGGGCGCGCUGAGCCCCCCUCCUACAGCCAGUUCCGGGGAUCCGCGCCCGCUCACCCCCGGCGCGCAGGGGCUCAAGAAUCACGGCAACACGUGUUUCUUGAACGCCGUGGUGCAGUGCCUGAGCCACACCGAGCUGCUCGCCGCCUUCCUCCUGCUGGCUUUGCCUGAUCCCCCGAGUCCAGCCAGAGCUGGAUCGAAAGCCGCCACCGGAGAGGUCACUCGGCACUUGGCAGCGCUUCUACGCGCGCUCUGGACUCUGGAGUACACCCCGCAGCUGUCCGCAGACUUCAAGAAUGUUGUCUCUAAAUAUGGUGCACAGUUCCGUGGAAAUGCACAACAUGAUGCUCUGGAGUUCCUUCUGUGGUUGUUGGACCGCAUGCAUGAAGACCUGUGUUCUGUUUCUUUUAAUCAAAAACUAAAGCUGUCUGGAAAGCCACCAUCUGGACAGGAAGAGAACUCCACCAGUGGAAAUGCCCAAGCAACUGUUCAGCCUCCCAAGGGCCAAAGCUUUGUGCAGAAUCAUUUCCAGGCCCAGUAUAGAUCUUCAUUGACUUGUCCUCAUUGCCGGAAACAGAGCAAUACUUUUGAUCCUUUUCUAUGUAUCUCAUUGCCCAUCCCCUUGCGUCAAACCAGGCCUUUGAAUGUCACUCUUGUCUUCCAGUCCAAAAGCCAGCGAUUUGUGCGUAUAGGCCUAGCUGUGCCUCUCUUCAGCACUGUGUCCAAGUUGAGAGAAAUGGUGGCUGAGGAGGGCAAGAUUUCGCCUGACCAGGUAAUCCUGGUUGAACUAAACCAGUCAGGGUUCCAGUGCUCCUUCUCGGAUGAUGAGGAUCUGAACUCCAUUGCAGAAGGGGACAACAUUUAUGCUUUCCAGGCCCCACUCUCUUUUAGAAGGGGUAGCUCCUCCCGAAUCUCAGGUUGCCCACAGAGUCUCCCAUCUUCUCCCAAUUCUGCUGAGCCAGAAGGGCAGCGUUUGGUUCAUAAUGGGGCCGUGUCAUCAGAGUUCCUGCACCAUGGUGGAGGUGGCAAAAUCCUGCUCCUUGUCUGUAAUUUAGCCGGAACAGGGCAACAGGCUGUGAGGUUUGGCCCUCCACUACUGAUGAGAGAAGAUAGAGCCAUGUCAUGGGAACAGCUGCAGCAAUGUAUCAUGGGCAAAAUGCGCUAUCUGAUGAGAAGAGAGGCCCAAGUGCAGGCUAGUGGGAGUCUGUUCCAGGUGCGAGUAGUUGGAGGAUCUUCUCUGUGCAGCUAUCUCUCGCCUCAGGACAGACGGCCACUGUAUCAUCCUGCUGUGGACAGAGCACUGCAAUUUGGAGGUCCCGGCGGCCCCGUUCACGUGAAGCUGGUAGUCGAAUGGGAUCUGACCACCAAGGAAUGCUUGUUUGGCAAUAUCCAGGAAGAAGUUGUUGAAGAUGCAGAAAGUGUGAGAAUGAAGCAACAACUUCAUCAACAGCAGCAUAGCUGCACCCUGAGUGAAUGCUUCCAGCUCUACACUAAGGAGGAACAGCUGGCUCCAGAUGAUGCCUGGCGGUGUCCCCACUGCCAAGUCCUUCAACAAGGCAUGGUCAAACUCAGCCUGUGGACACUCCCUGAUAUCCUCAUCAUUCACUUGAAACGCUUCCGGCAGGUGGGAGAGCAGCGCCACAAGCUCUCCACUCUAGUGCACUUCCCCCUGCGAGGGCUUGAUAUGGCUCCCCACGUGGCCAAGCGCAGCCGUGGCAGCAAGUGGGGCCCCUGGAGGCAACCCCUGCCAGAUGAGGGCCAGUGUAAUUUUCUCUAUGAUCUGUAUGCUGUCUGCAAUCAUCAUGGGAGUCUGCACGGUGGACAUUAUACAGCUUAUUGUUGCAACAGCUUGGACUGCCGCUGGUACAGCUAUGAUGACAGCACCGUAGAACCAGUCAUGGAAGAGGACAUCAGCACACGUGGUGCCUACAUCCUUUUCUAUCAGAGACGGAAUGUAGUUCCAAGCUGGCCUGAAGGAAGCUCUGUUAGAGGAUCUACAAGCUCUUCCAUUUCAGAGCAUUGGCUGACACGGCUCAGUCGAAGCAGCAAACGAGAGAGCCUGGUGUCCUGGAGCUCAACAACCUGUCCAUCUCUGCCGAAAUCAUCUCACUCUCCUACGCUUCUCAGUCACUCUCCUACCAGCCAGGAGAAAGGAGGAUUCGAGUCUCGUCCAUUGGUUCGGGGUGUGCAGGGCAGAAGUGUCAGCCUGAAAGCUUCUUCUAAUAAGGCCAAGCUGGGCAUCCCCAAGACCUUACCCUUGCGGUGGUCCUUCACCUCCAAAGAUUGGCCAUCAGAGCCCUCCAGGGAGCUUGUAGACUAUCUAGAGUCUGGCCGCAGACCUUGGUUCACAAAGGAAUCCAUUGUCCCUCUCAUAACUAAGGAAGGGGAAGACAAUGAGCUUACGGUCACCAAAGCUAAUCCUGCUCUGACAAGCAUGGGUCCAACUGAGACCAGCUGCAAAACAGCCACUGCUAUGGAAAAUUUAAAUACUCUGAAACGGGUAGUGAAGCCUAAGGAAGAAACAGGCGAGCAGCCACGGACACCCAAAAAACUGGUCCUAUCUCUCAGCACGGUACCUCCAGUAAAAGAUGAAGAACCUAAGACCAAAGCUAAUAUCAAUGGGACCCUGCGCAUUGGUUCAAGUGUGACCUCUUCCAGCCGGGGGGAUGCAGAACAAAAGACUGGGCCCUGGCUUAGGGAGAAGGAGCCAGAGAAUGAGAAACAAUCAGAGGGGAAGUUGGCAGUCUUCAGAGUUGGGUUUUUGCGAAAGGACCCCAAGCGACACAGUGAGUCUCCCAGACAUGCUGUUAUGACAUCUUCUACAGCCUCCUCUCAGGCAUCCUUCUCCAAUGGAACAUUAAAUAUAAUCCCUGGCAGCAGGACAAACAAUGCCCUGAACCCCAGAUCCACAGAGGGGCUGUCCAAUGGACGGAUCUCCCGUUCUGAGGUGGACAUUAAGCGUGCUCAGAGCAGCUGCAACAGCAAGGGAAGGAAUGACUGGUUACUGAACAGGUCAACUACUCUCUGCAAGGCAAACAAUGGGACCUUGCAGGCCUCUAUGACACCACUCCCUUUAGAGGGCAUUUCCUGUGGCACCUUCCAGCGGGCAAGGUAUCAUACAGCAUCCUUGGGCAGGAGGAUAAUAGUACCAGAAUCCAGCUUCUGAAAUGCCUAGCAGCUCUACCUGAAACAGCAGAAUCAUGUCAACCUUUGGUGCUUAUAACUUCUCAGGCCUUUGAAGAAGCUCUGCCAAUUGAUAGAAAGCUUGGACACUGUUUGCUUUCUAUUGGUUUGUUCAGACAAAAGUUACUAAAUCCAAAUGGUGCUGAUGAACCUGUUUAGCCUGGAUGUAUGGAUGCAGCAGGGAUCUUGUAGACCAAGAUGUUAAAAAUGGGGGAAAGACAAACAUGGGGGAAGAUAUUAAAUUAUUUAUUCUGCAGUUUAACUGGGAACUUUUGAAAGGAUAUGCUGCUUUGUAACAGCAUUUAUUUUGGUACCAAGGUAUAGAAAGGAUAAAGAAUCCAAACAUUGCUCUAUGCAAUCAUCCCAGUGUUUAUAUUUUCUGCAAAACUUUGGGUUUAUUUGUUUUUUAAAAAAUACCUAAAACGAAGGGUGAGCAUUAACAGCUUUGGGAAUCAGUGCAGCAAAUGGGAAGGCUAAUUCGGGAGAUGUCUAUUCUCUAAGAGAUGUGGGAUAAAUUUGUUCUUGUUGUGUUGGCUGAAAAUGAACAUUAGGGCAGCAUCCUGGACUCCUCCAGUGUUUAAAAAUAUUCACAGAAAAAACAUGUUGAAUAACACUGUUCAUUUUCCUCUACCUGUUGAUGGUAAUCAAAGCUAACUUUUUUAUAGUCUAGCUUACCUACCUCAAAUUUUCUGGUAGUCAUCCAUCCAAAUGCCAGCCCAGUCUGAUCCAGCUUCGCUUUUUUAUGACAUCCAAGGUUGCAUUGGUCCUGCCACCUUCUGUGACCAAUACAGAUAACUAGAAUUUUCUUCACAGGAAACAUAAAAGGUGCUGUUUUUCCCAUUAUUGUGAAUAGAUUAAAUAUGAAAAGCAAAGGUGAUAGAGGAGGAGCCAAGAAAAAGCUUGGACAUUUCUAGAGUGCCUAAUAUUGUUGACAUCAAAUAAGUAUAAUGAACAUCAGGAACAAAUGUCCAUCAAUCAAUCUGAAUAGAGCUUGGGACCUUGGAGGUCUUCUAGUUCAACCCCUGCUCAAGCAGGAGACCCUAUACCACUUCAGAUAGAUGUCUGUCCUGUCUUUAAAAAAAAAAAAAACUCCAGUUAUGAAGCACCUACAACUUCUAUCCAGUUGGAUAUUCCAGAGACAUAUUUGAAGAUAUGGGAUAGAAAAUUGGAAGAGGUAAAUUUGGGGGUGAUUAAUGUAAGAAAGA